AUGGUCAUAAUCAGAAUUUAAAAUGUACAAGAACCUAUGCUAAUUAUAAAGGAUCUACAUUUACAUCUUCUGAUUUUAAUACAUGGCUUAGUAAAUGUAUUUUUGAUGGAAGUCAUUAAUAAAACAUGCACUAAUCAUGUCAAAAAAUUCCGACCUUCAAAAGUUCUACUCGACAAACUUCGUUUAGGGAAUACCCAAAUGAUGGGUCAACAAGUUAAGAGUGCUAUAACUUGUACUAAUAAUGGGAAUAAAGUUACUACAUUUAAAAAUACAAUUGUACAAAUGAGUUAUCACAUACGCAUAUACCAAUACAGCUUGUACUCUAAGAACUUGUAGUAAUUAUGGAUAAAAUAUUAUAUCUUUUACAUAUGA